UCUUUACACCCAAAUUACUUUUUUCUGCUGCUGCGGUCACACUGCGUGUGUUGUGCGUCGCGAAAAUAAAUAAAUUUUAGCCCGUUAAACCCUUUUUAAGCAAUGGAGGUAACAAGGAUCACCGUUAGCACCGGAAAUGCAGUGCCCGUGACCACCCCGAACCCCCCCGCAGUGCAUAUUAAUCCCCCCGCAACUGCGAGCACACUAAUCCAAGUAGGCGUGACGCCAGCAACAACUACCGUUGCCUCCAUAGCAGCAACAACAACAACAAUAAUAGGAAGUACAGCUAAUAAUUCAACACCACUACGAAAUCCGAUUCAAAAUCUCCCGAUUGAACUGCAAAACGAUCAAAAGCGAAGGAGUUCAUCUCGGACGAUUAAAAGGAAGCGUUUUGAUGACGAAAUAGUCGAGUACAACAUCGCAGUGCCCACAAAUCGUGGAGGAACAGACGCCAAUCGCAGCAGCAGACCACGGACUACAUCCCAGAACUAUCCCGCCUUAGUGGGCGUGCCGCAUACCACGUUAGCUCCCUUGAAUAUACCCAUUUCCACGCCGGAUACGCCACAAACACCGGGCUCCGUGGAUUCCCUGGUGCCGGGCACACCGAGUACCGUUGCUUCCCUGCCCCUAGCCACGCCUACUACGCCCGCUCCUCUGGCGACGCCUCUUCCAGUUACUCCAACCGUUUCAGCCGUUGUGCAUCCCAAGCCACCCGUUAUGGAGCGUACUGCGGCCAGCGAGAGGCGAUCGCGUCCUGUGCGUCCUGCCAGCAAGAAAUCGCAACGCAGGAACGGUCGUCCCAUGGGCCAGAUGGCCACCAAGGAUCUGGGUCGCUGGAAGCCAAUUGAUGACCUAGCCCUGAUCAUUGGCAUCCAGCAGACCAACGAUCUGAGGAUUAUCCAUCGCGGGGUGAAGUUCUCCUGCAAGUUUACUUUGCAGGAACUUCAGCAGCGUUGGUAUGCCUUGUUGUAUGAGCCUGCGGUGUCCAGGAUUGCCGUGUCCGCCAUGAGGAACCUGCAUCCCGAGCUGGUGGAGUCCGUUCAGCGCAAGGCUUUGUACAGCGUGCAGGAGGAGGAUCUUUUGGGAACCAUCAAGAGCUCGGAGCAACCAAAGCUAGAACAGUUCCAAGAGCUUCUGGACAAGAACGCCUCAAUCUUCUACUGCGCCCGCACUGCCAAAUCUCUGCACAACCAUUGGCUACUUCUCAAGCAGUACAGCCUCUUGCCAGAUCAGUCGGUGAAGCCUCUUUACGGCACGGAUGAGCAGCCGCUUAGCUUUUCGGAUGCAGAGGAUCAAAUCUUCGAGCAUGACUUGAAUGAGCCGCGUGACGAAGCUCUGGAAAUGGAGAGAGCUCUGGCCGAUCGUCGCAACAAACGUGAUAUUCGCCUGCUGGAGAACGAGCUGUCGCGCUGGGGCGUUCUAGUUGAUUCCGUUCUUAGUCCGACGGCCGCAUCCGAGUUUGACAACCAGACGCUGGCCUGUCUGUGCGGCCGCCAUGUGCGUUACCUUAUGCGCUCCAAGGAGAUCACAUUUGGCCGCGAUGCCAAGGACUGUGUGGUGGAUGUGGAUCUGGGACUAGAGGGACCGGCUGCUAAAAUCUCGCGUCGCCAGGGUGCGAUCAAGUUGCGCAGCAAUGGCGACUUCUUUAUCGCCAAUGAGGGCAAGCGGGCCAUUUUUAUAGACGGCACUCCUCUGCUGUCGGGCAAUAAAGCGCGAUUGGCUCACAACUGCACUGUGGAAAUAUCUGGGCUGCGCUUCACGUUCCUGGUCAACUACGAGCUGAUCAACGCCAUCCGCCAGGAGAGCGCCAAGACAUCGAAUCCCCUCAACUAGCUGCGCUUAGAGCGAGCUGGAUAAGAGUCUUUAAUGUAUUCAAGUACUUAGUAAGCAGGAAAAAGAGAAUUCUGGAAUAAACAGCAUAUUGACAAUAUGUUCAACCCAUAAAUGUA